AUGCAUGCUAACUUCGACGUCGCUCCCCCCGAGGAACUCAUCAACAUAACUUCUCCAUGGUCCUUUGCAAAAUGGGGGUUGGACCUACUCGGGCCGUUCCCCCAAGUACCUGGACAAGUGAAUUACCUAAUAGUGGGAGUGGGCUACUUUACGAAGUGGAUCGAAGCAGAACCAUUGACCACUAUCACAGCCCAGAGAAGUCAGAAGUUUCUCUAUAAGAAUAUCAUUACAAGGUAUGGAAUUCUCCAUUCCAUCACCACCGAUAAUGGAACCCAGUUCACCGACUCUACUUUCAGAAAUUUGGUAGCCAGCAUGAAAAGCAAGCAUCAGUUCACCUCAAUGGAGCACCCACAAGCAAAUGGGCAAGCUGAAGCAGCCAACAAAGUUAUACUAGCUGGAUUUAAAAAAAGGUUACAAGAUUCAAAGGGAGCCUGGGCUGAAGAACUCCCUCAACAGAAUGUAGUGGUAUCUCGAUAUACGUGGAAGAUGCUCGACGAAGUUGAGCAAGCCUUUGUAACUGUUUUGGAGGACAUUUGGGGGGAACCUCCUCAUCUGGACACUAAAAAAUCUUUGGGGGACCCAUCCCUUGUUCGAACUGCGUUGGAGAUGGCCAAGAAUAACGACUCGAUGAAGGCUUUCAAGAAGGCGAGAAAGGCUACUGCAUCUCAGAACAUCUCGACCAGGGCGGAUGGGGAAGGGUCCUCUCAGGUUCCGUCGAAGCCAUCUGUGCCGAGCUCUCCUGGACCGAGGAGAAUGAUCCCUACUCCUCGAGUCCGUUUAGUUGAUCCUUCGCAGUCUUCUGCUGCUUUUUCUUCUCCUCCAGCCGUUCCUCCUUCCAAAAGACCUUGGACUGUUGAACUCUUCAAUAUGGAUGCGCCUGAUUUCGACGCUAUUGGGUUUGUCGACCAGUAG